UCUAACAGCACUCUGGAGUGAAAGGAGGAGAAGGAGGGUUGUUCUGGAGCAGAGCCAAACCACUAAUCGAGAUUAACUCAACGAGCUCCGCUAAUGUGUCUCUGUAUGUGCAAGAACAAACGAAGGUGAAAGUGAGGGAGCGACCUGUUAACGCCGGGAAAGGGUCAUUCGUUCGUUGUGCCGAAGCCCCUUUGACAUGGAGCGCUUAUGCGGACCAAAGCUCCCGUUCUGGGUAGCCAAUCAGACGCUCCAUACAGACAGCCCAGACCUGCCGGUGUGUUUCCAGCUGUCAGUGCUGUCAUGGCUGCCUUGUGUGUACCUGUGGCUUGCAUGCCCUCCGUACGUCUUCUACCUCCAGAGGAACAACAGGGGUUAUAUCAUGAUGUCCAUCCUCAACAGAGUGAAGACGGUAUUUGCAUUGGUGUUGUGGAUCGUGUGUUGGACUGAUCUCUUCGGCACCUUCAAUGAGAUGCGUCAGGGGGAUACACAGCCACCCAUCUACUUCGUUACCCCGCUGGUGGUCGGCAUGACGAUGUUGCUAGCUACGUUUCUGAUCCAGUUUGAGAGGUUGAGAGGGGUCCAGUCUUCAGGGAUUCUCUUUAUAUUCUGGUUCCUGUCGGUGCUGUGUGCCAUCGUACCUUUCCGCUCCAAGAUCCUACAGGCCAAAUUCCAGAGUGAGAUUCCAGACAAGCUGCGUUUCACCACAUUCUACUUCUACUUCAGUCUGGUUGUAGUCGAGCUGAUCCUCUGCUGCUUCAACGAGAAACCCCCCCUUUUCUCCAAUGUAGACACAGACCCCAAUCCUUGUCCUCAAUCGACAGCUGGUUUCCUCUCCACCAUGACCUUCUGGUGGUUCACUAGCAUGGCCAUCAAAGGCUAUAGGAACCCUCUGGAAGCGAAAGACCUGUGGUCACUGAACAAGAAGGACAGCUCAGAGGAGGUCGUCCCCAAGCUGCUGAGAGAGUGGGACCUGGAGCAGGCCAAGGCUCACAGUGCUCAGGACCAGUCCACCCAGGCUCUGUACUCCAAGCCUCCGCCAGCGGGAGAGUCCAACCACGUAGGGGAGGGGAGCAGUCCUGAGGAGGUGGAAGUGUUGCUGUCCAAACAGAAAACCCCCAAGAAGCCCUCCUUCCUCCGCUCCCUAAUCAGGGCUUUUGGACCCUACUUCCUCAUCGGAUCUGCCUUUAAACUCCUACAGGACCUCAUCACCUUCGUCAACCCACAGCUCCUCAGAUUAUUGAUCUCGUUCACGAAGCAGAAGGAUGCUCCCACCUGGUGGGGUUAUGCCCUGGCCUUCCUCAUGUUCUUCACGGCCUUCCUCCAGACCCUCAUCCUUCACCAACACUUCCAGUACUGCUUCGUCACCGGAAUGAGGCUCCGCACCUCCAUCAUAGGAGCUAUCUACCGGAAGUCUCUGAUCAUCACUAACGCGGCCAAGCGUACGUCUACGGUGGGAGAGAUAGUCAACCUGAUGUCAGUGGACGCUCAGCGGUUCAUGGAUCUCACCACCUUUCUCAACAUGCUGUGGUCCGCCCCACUUCAGAUCAUACUGGCACUAUACUUCCUGUGGCUGAAUCUGGGUCCGUCAGUGCUGGCUGGUGUUGCUGUGAUGAUCCUGCUGAUCCCCUUAAAUGCUGCCAUCGCUGUGCGGACACGAGCCUACCAGGUGGAGCAGAUGCAGUACAAGGACGCUCGUAUCAAGCUGAUGAACGAGAUUCUGAACGGGAUCAAAGUGUUGAAGCUGUACGCGUGGGAGAACUCCUUUAAAGACAAGGUUCUGGAGAUCAGACAGAAAGAGCUCAAUGUGCUCCGCAAGACGGCCUACCUUGGUGCUCUGUCUACCAUGGCCUGGACCAGUGCACCAUUCCUAGUUGCUUUGAUGACGUUUGCAGUGUACGUGACAGUGGAUAAAAAUAACAUUUUAGAUGCGGAGAAAGCCUUUGUGUCUUUGUCUCUGUUCAACAUCUUACGGUUCCCUCUCAAUAUGCUGCCCCAAGUCAUCAGCAGCGUUGUACAGGCCAGCGUGUCUCUGAAGCGUAUCCAGGACUUCCUGAGUCAUGAAGAGCUGGACCCAGAGUCUGUGGACAAGAAUAACACUGCCACAAAUAGCUCAGUGACGCUUGUCAAUGGGAAGUUCACCUGGGCAAAACAAGAUCCUCCUGCUCUACACAAUAUAAACCUGAUGGUGCCCCAGGGCUCUCUGCUAGCUGUGGUAGGACAUGUAGGUUGUGGGAAGUCUUCUCUGGUGUCAGCUCUACUGGGAGAGAUGGAGAAACUGGAGGGAGACAUCUCCAUACGGGGUUCGGUGGCCUUCGUCCCCCAGCAGGCCUGGAUCCAGAACGCCACUCUGAGAGACAACAUCCUGUUUGGCAAGGCCUACAACGAGCAGAAGUACCGCCGUUGUCUGGAGGCCUGCGCCUUAACCCCUGACCUGGAAGUACUACCUGGAGGAGACCUGACCGAGAUCGGAGAGAAGGGUAUCAACCUGUCUGGUGGCCAGAGACAGAGGGUGAGUCUGGCCAGAGCUCUGUACAACGAGGCAGAUGUCUACCUGCUGGACGACCCUCUGUCUGCCGUGGACGCCCACGUGGCCAAACACAUCUUCGACCACGCCAUUGGCCCAGAGGGGGCGCUGCAGGGCAAGACACGUAUCUUGGUGACACACGGCAUCAGCUUUCUGCCGCAGGUGGACAACAUAGUGGUGAUGGUGGAGGGCAGGGUGUCGGAGAUGGGUUCGUACCAGGAGCUGCUCCAACAGAACGGAGCCUUCGCUGAGUUCCUCAGAAACUAUUCCCUGGAGGACAUCGUAGAGGAGGAGGCAACAGUGGCUUUGAUUGAUGAUGAAGACUUCCCUGACGACGCCCUUAGCAACCAUACAGACAUGGUGGACAGUGAACCAGUGGUCAAUGAGGCAAAGAGGAAGUUCAUAAGGCAGAUCAGCGUCAUCUCAGGGGACCUGGAGAACCCAAGGAGCAGGUCUGUCCGGAGACGUCUGUGCAGCGAGAGGAAGCAUGCUGAGCCUGACCCAGAGAAGAAACUACCCAAGGUGGAGAAACUCAUCCAGGCAGAGACCACUGAGACGGGCAGGGUGAAGGUCAAGGUGUUCUGGGAGUAUGCCAAGGCAGUAGGGCCUCUGCUGACCCUCUUCAUCUGUUUCCUGUACGGCUGCCAGAGUGCUGCCGCCAUCGGAGCCAACGUCUGGCUGAGCGAAUGGACCAAUGACGCGGCUCAGAACAUGACCCAGGAGAAUGUCAGCAUGAGGGUGGGGGUAUAUGCUGCUCUGGGCAUAGCACAAGGCAUCCUGGUCAUGGUCUCCUCCUUCACCCUGGCCAUGGGGAACAUCGGAGCAGCCAGGAAGCUUCACUAUGCCCUCCUGGACAACAAGUUUCACACCCCCCAGUCUUUCUUUGACACCACCCCUAUAGGUAGGAUCAUCAACCGAUUCUCCAAGGACAUCUACGUCAUCGACGAGGCGCUGCCCUCCACCGUUCUCAUGUUCCUCGGGACGUUCUUCUCCUCUCUCUCCACCAUGAUAGUCAUAGUGGCGAGCACCCCCAUCUUCGCUGUGGUCAUAGCCCCGCUGGCUUUCAUAUACGUCUUUGUCCAGAGAUUUUAUGUGGCCACGUCUCGGCAGUUAAAGCGUCUGGAGUCGGUCAGCAGGUCUCCCAUAUACUCCCAUUUCUCUGAGACCGUCACUGGCUCUAGUGUUAUCAGAGCCUACGGCAGAUGCGAUGACUUUGUACUAAUGAGUGAUAUGAAGGUGGAUGAGAACCAAAAGAGUUACUACCCUGGUAUAGUAGCCAACAGGUGGUUAGGGGUGCGUAUAGAGUUCAUAGGGAACUGUAUCGUGCUGUUUGCUGCUCUGUUUGCUGUGAUCGGGAAGGACAAGCUCAACCCUGGACUGGUGGGACUCUCUGUGUCCUACGCUCUACUGGUGACCAUGUCUCUGAACUGGAUGGUGAGGAUGACGUCAGAUCUGGAGAGCAACAUCGUAGCCGUGGAGAGAGUCAAGGAGUACUCUGAGACCAAGACCGAGGCCCCGUGGGAGGUGGAAGACAAGAAGCCUUCGCCUGAUUGGCCAUCCCAGGGGAAGGUAGAGUUCCGUGACUACAGCGUGAGGUACAGAGAGGGACUAGACCUGGUCCUCAAGAACCUCACCCUCAGCGUCAGAGGAGGGGAGAAGAUAGGUAUCGUGGGUCGUACGGGGGCUGGUAAGUCCUCUAUGACACUGUGCCUGUUUCGGCUGCUGGAGGCGGCAGGGGGAGAGAUCACCAUCGACGGGGUCAAGAUAUCAGAGAUAGGGCUGCAUGACCUGAGGUCAAAACUAACCAUCAUACCACAGGAACCAGUGCUGUUCUCUGGCAAUCUGAGGAUGAACCUGGACCCCUUUGAGAAGUACAGUGACGCGGAGGUAUGGAACGCACUGGAACUGUCCCACCUCAACAAGUUUGUCAGCAACCAGCCGGCUAAACUGGAUCUGGAGUGUUCAGAGGGAGGAGAGAACCUCAGUGUGGGCCAGAGGCAGCUGGUGUGUUUAGCCAGGGCUCUACUGAGGAAGACGAGGAUCCUGAUCCUGGAUGAAGCUACAGCAGCCAUCGACCUAGAGACAGAUGACCUCAUCCAGUCAACCAUCAGGACGCAGUUUGAGGACUGCACCGUCUUCACCAUUGCUCACAGACUCAACACCAUCAUGGACUAUACUAGAGUGCUGGUGUUGGACAAGGGACAGGUUGCUGAAUUUGACACUCCUACAAAACUCUUAUCCCAGAGAGGAAUCUUCUACGGUAUGGCUAAAGAUGCAGGACUGGCGCAAUAGGCUCUCCACAUGCCCAUCUGUAUAAAACCUAUAGUGCCUUCUGGCAGAAAACAGGGUGCCAGUGAAUGUAUCCUUUUAUACGCUGCAGUCCACUGCAAAACCAGGAUAAAACACUUUUUAAGUUAAAUGUUACUUUUUCAAAAAAAAUUGAUAAAGAUAGAAAAACUGUAAUUUCCAGUUUCAGGAUGAAUCCAGCUAUUUUUGUACUGUAUCGUUUUUAUUAUUUAAGCUAUACAUUUUAUUAUUAAAAGUUGUCUGAUGGGGAAGUUGACUCAGUUCAAUGUUUGAUUCCUUUGUGAACCACAUAUGUAAAAACUUGAAUUCUGUAUUACCAAAAUAUGAGCGCUGAUCUUUAUAAAAAAAUAAAUAAAAAAAAUGAAGACUG